AUGGGAACAAAGUUUAGUGCAGCAGCAGUUAUCAUUAUUUUUCUUUCAUCCCUCCUUCUUCAGCUGGUGUAUUAUACAUCCUACGGAUUCGUUAGAAUUGGACUGAAAAAGUUUAAGUUAGAUGAAAAAAACCGGAUUGCAGCUCGACUUACCACGCAAAUACUGGAUUCUCAAACUGAUCAUCGCAUCGACACUUUGCUAAAGAAUUACAUCAACGUGCAGUACUAUGGUGAGAUUUCAAUCGGUACACCACCACAGAAAUUCACUGUGGCGUUUGAUACAGGAAGCAGUGAUAUGUGGAUAUCUUCUUCAACGUGUUCCUUAUCUCGUUUUUUCUAUGCCCGUUGUUCAAGAACAUCUAAAAGGAACAAAUACUAUGCCCGUCGUUCAAGAACGUAUAAAAAGAACGAAACAUUUGCUAAGAUGAUACACUACUAUGGUUUAGGUUUAAUUGGUGGCCACUUUAGCCAAGACAAUGUUUUAGUUGGUGGUUUAACAAUCAAGAAUCAGGACUUUACUGAAGCAACAAUACUGUCCGGUUUUGAAUUUUCCAAAUUUGAUGGCAUUCUUGGCCUUGGAUUUCGGGUGCUAGCAGAUGAUGUUGUUCCAGUAUGGUACAACAUGAUGAAGCAGGGUAUGAUUCGAAAUCCGGUGUUCUCAUUUUGGCUUAAUCGAAACACAAAAGAAGAGGAAGGAGGUGAACUUGUGUUUGGUGGGAUUGAUUCAAGGAAUUACAAGGGGAACCAUACUUAUGUCCCUAUGACCCACAAGGGUUCUUGGCAGUUUGAUAUGAGUGAUGUUUCAAUCAAUGGUCAAUCAAUAGGUGUUUGUAGAUUUGGUUGUUCUGCAAUUGCGAAUCUUGGAACUUCAUUGUUAUCAGGUCCAACGGAUGUGAUUAACAUGAUAAACCAUGAAAUUGGAGUCACCGGAGUAGUAAUUAAUCAUGAAUGCAAGUCAAUCGUUGAAAAGUAUGGAGAAACCAUUCUGAACAAGAUCAUAAAAAAAAAGGAUAAGAAAAUUUGUUUCCAAAUUGGAUUAUGUCCACAUAUAGAUAUAGAUAUGUGCAGUACUUGUGAAAUGAUAGUUGCGUGGAUGGAGAGUCAGGAAGUGACUAUGGAAGCAAAAAAUAAGAUUUUAAACUAUGUUAAUAAGCUCUGUGAUUCACUGCCAAGACCAUCUCAACCAACCUCAGCUGUGGAUUGUUCGCGAAUUUCCUCAAUGCCUAUAGUUUCGUUUUUAAUUGGUUAUAGAAAUUUUACUCUCACGUCUAAAGAGUAUAUAUUGAAGAUUGGAGAAGGUGACGCGGAAGAAUGCAGAAGUGGCUUUAUUUCCAUAAAUGUUUUUCCUCUCAAGGGACCCUUCUGGGUUUUGGGCGACAUAUUCAUGGCUCGUUACCACACUGUAUUUGACUAUGGAAGAUCCAGAAUUGGAUUUGCAGUUGCAGCUUAA